GUGAUCCCAGCACUGACACAGUUUGCUGAUGCCCCGUGGGGGGUUUGAGAGGGUCUUAGAUAGAGUUUCUCCCGUGCCUCCGGUGUUAUUAAUAAACAUAAAGUGUGCCUCUGUUUUCCCGGAGACAGACACACUCCAGAGCUCUCCUUAAUGCCAGAGGAAAACUGUGUUCAUAGCUGUCUGAACAUCUGUCCCGGCUGUCACCUCCAACAAAACUUGUCAUGGAAAAUCAAAGAUCAGCAGAGGAUGGAAAAGACACGACAUCUACUCAGGACUCACACAUCACACAAAGCAGCCGUACUGACUCUGAAACAGAGACCGCCUUCCCUGUACAUGAGCGCACACAACACCCCAUAGUACAGAUGGACCAGGUGGACAUGGACGAUCUGGGACAAUUUUUCGAGCACUGCAUCCAGCAAGUGUCUCUACUGGAGAAGCAGAGAGAAGAGCUGAUCCAAGAGCUCCUUCUCCUGCAGGAACCCAUGCAGCGAGUUGUGGAGCACCUGAGAGGGAAGCUGAUGGGAACACGGAAACUGCUCACUCUGGCUCAGCUGGAUUAUAUUGCUGUUUAUGAAGAAGUGCAGCAGGUGAAGAGGAAACUGUUUGCCACGACCAGAGACUGCAUCCAGAGCCAGGUGACGCUGGCUGCACGUGAAUACGAAGUGGCUCAGUCUGCUGUUACAAAGGAGGAGCUCAAGGCCCAUAUCCAAAGUCUGACCCAGGAGUUGUCCCAGCUGCAGGAGGCCCACCAGAACCAGCUCAAUGCGCUCAGAGACAGGGCCACUAAACUCUGCAGGCCCAGGGCCAUGAGCGAUGUCAGCCAGUGCCGCCAGGCUUCCAUCAGGCUACAGCGGAGGCUCAGCGGCAGCGUGAGGGCACUGGAGGGCUGGUACGAGCCUCGCCUCAUGGCCCUGCUGAGGAGAAGGCAGGCUGGUGAGGAGGCUUUGAGAAGGAGCAGGGAACAAGCAAUGGACCUGAGGGCCAGUUUGCAGCCUCUCACAGAGGACAUCCAGAGACUGGAGGUGCAAAGAUCCUGUCUGGAACAGAGGAUCACUCUGAUGGAGAAUGAGAGGCAGGAGAGCAUCGCACAACACAAGGAGACUGUACAGAAACUAAAAGAGACUCUGAGAGAUCUAGAAGUGGAGUUUGAAAUUCAAAGAAAAUCUAAGACAGCUUUAGAGGAUCUUACAGACGGGCUUUCAACAGAGCUGACAUUUCUGAGAGGCUGUGAUGAACAAAGAGAAACUAUUGCAGAGGAAGAGCCUUAAUGCUCCACUGACCGUUACUAACCAGAGAAGUUACAUCUGACCAAACUACAGCACUGUAUUUACAUUUAAUGUUAAAGAAAAACUUACACUCAACAAAAAUAUAAACACUACACUUUUGUUUUUGCUCCCAUUUUUUAUGAGAUGAACUCAAAUAUCUAAAACUUCUUCCACAAACACAAUAUCACCAUUUCUCUCAAAUAUUGUUCACAAUCUGUCUAAAUCUGUGACAGUGAGCACUUCUCCUUUGCUGAGAUAAUCCAUCCCACCUCACAGGUGUGCCAUAUCAAGAUGCUGAUUAGACACCAUGAUUAGUGCACAGGUGUGCCUUAGACUGCCCACCAUAAAAGGCCACUCUGAAAGGUGCACUUUUGUUUUAUUGGGAGGUCCACUCCUUUUCAAUGGCUGCGCAAAGUUGCUGGAUAUUGGUGGGAACUGGUACAUGCUGUCGUAUACGCCGAUCCAGAGCAUCCCAAACAUGCUCAAUGGAUGACAUGUCAGGUGAGUAUGCCCCCUCCCCUCAAUAAAACAAAACUGCACCAUUCAGAGUGUCCUUUUAUUGUGGGCAGUCUAAGGCACACCUGUGCACUAAUCAUGGUGUCUAAUCAGCAUCUUGAUAUGACACACCUGUGAGGUGGGAUGGAUUAUCUCAGCAAAGGAAAAGUGCUCACUAUCACAGAUUUAGACAGAUUUGUGAAUAUUUGAGAGAAAUGGUGAUAUUGUGUAUGUGGGAAAAAGCUUUAGAUCUUUGAGUUCAUCUCAUAAAGAAAUGGGAGCAAAAAUAAAAGCGUUGCAUUUAUAUUUUUGUUGAGUGUAAAUGCAAAAUAAUGCAGAUGUGGAUAUAUGCUUAUAGCCCUAUUAUUCGUAUUUUACAAAAUAAUACAUUUGCAUGCAAUUUCCAACUGCAGAGAAGGAACAACAGCUUUACUGUAAAUAUUUUAUUAUGAAUAUAUUUAAGUACACAAGAGAUCAAAUGCAGCACAGAAGAACAUAAAAUGUAGAGAAAACAAAAUCACAUACAAGGGACACAACGCACAAUCUGGAAAAGUCAUACUACAAAUAUCAAGCAAAGAAAAAGAAAGCCCUACAGUAUGUACAAUUAUAUUCAAAAUGGAUCUCAGUAGAAAUGUUUUCUGCAAGACUAAUCAGGAUAAAAAAAAACAACCCGAUUGAUGAUGGACACGUCUGA